CCUUAAUGGAAAAGGUGUGACUGCAGUCGAAAUGGAAGAGAGGGGGUACGCAGAAGGAUGGGAAUCCCUUCAGGGGGUACUCCACGCUAAAAAGUUUGAGAACCACUGCCCUAGCCCAAUAAAACUGUUGCAUAAUCCGGCCAGACAUUUUCGGACCCUGGUAUGAACAGCAAAUCCUUGAUGAGCCCAUUGCAAAAUGGAUUCAAAGAACUUUCUGAGUUUUAGGUUCUAACAAAGCAUCUUUAUGUAUGAUCCCAUUCCAACAAAGUAGACCAUCUUCAAGCAACAAAGAUGGAACAAAGUAGACCAUCUUCAAGCAAAUACCCAUCACGUCCCACCUUUCCAGAUGUUUCUGGGAAGGAAUUAAACCAAAUCAUUCUGAUGACAGACUUUGGCUUAGACAUUUCAGAAUGAUCAAACCAACAUUUAUCCAAUCACAUCCACUGUUGAGGCAGUCACAUGUUUUUUUUUUAGUAGCACAUCGACUGAUUUAUUUAGUAAAUGUGUUUACAUCUUAGUUUAUGUGCAUGUUUUCUUUUAUGCAAUAUCCCAAAUGCGCAUAAAAAUAGCUGGAUGGAAACAGCCAAUUGUGUUGAGCAACAAUUUUCAGCAAGUUACACCUACGCAGCGCCUAAACCUAAUCCAGAUCCGGAAUGACCAGUGGAAGACCGCCUUUGUGACCUCCGCAGGCCUGAAACAAGCCUUCACAUUAGCUCCCUUGUUGAAAUAUCCUGAUCCUUUGUGGGGGUUUUUCCCCCCAUUUCACUGCAUCUCAUGUUUUUAAACACACAGAAAAAAAAAGUAUUUGGUGUGAUCGGCGCUUCGGCUCUUUCUAUUAAACUAUGCAUAAAUACAUGAUGCUUUUUUGUUCAUUGUUUAUACAAUUUAAUAAAUUAUUUGAAUUAUGAACGGUCAAACAUUAUGCACUUUUUUUAAAGACAGUCAUGUUAUUUUAUUGCUUUGAAUAAACAAUUUAAAGGUGCGGUAAGUAGAUUUUGAACAGCGCUGUUGGACAUUGCUGAUAUUUGAAAUCAACAUUGCUGAUAUUUGAAAUCAACCCAAACAAACCCACCCCUCUCUUAAUUGUUCGCCUCCAAAACUCACACUCCAAUCCCAACCACCCUGCUCCGAGUUGGUCUCGAACCGCGGCCCAAUCGCUGCAGGCAUACGAGGUGUGUGCACUAACAAUGACACUAAACACCGCAUUCUCUAGCAGUCGACAGUGUGCACUGUUACAUAUGCAAUGCGAGUGGGUGUCUGUUUAUCAUAGCUGACACACAACAAAAUGCUUCACGAAAAGUAAAGCGCAGUUGAUGAGCAAACGACAAGGAAGUGAAAUGAACGUACAGUAUACAAGAGUAAAUACAAAGCAUUCUUUGUUAGUCGCAAACAGCACAGCAGCUCCAGACAAUCAAAACCGUGUUACUCACAUGAGAAGUGGGAUCAAAGCAGCCUCCACGUCUGUUUUCAGGCCUUCCCACUUAGCCUCUCUCCAGCGCUGGAAAGCUUUUCUAAUAUAAACGUGGGUCCUAAAGUGCUUGCAGUGUCAUAAAACUUCAUUCCAGUUAUAUUAUUUUGAGCUCUUUUGAGCUCUCUUGUUCUGCAGUUUUUUUUCUUCUUCUUUUCAAAUCUCCCUCUUGCUCGUUCUCUCUCCUUGACCAUCAUACGCCCCCUAAUGCUGAUUGGUUACGCAUUUGUUGUUGGCGUCUGCCCAACUAACUUCCAAACAGUGUAUUUGAAAUUCUACCGAGUCCACCUUUAAUGCAGUGCAUUAUUAUUUUGCUCAUUGUUCCCUAUUGUGGCCCUCAGGAGACAAGCCAAAAGCUUUUUUUCCCCCCUCUCUCUAACUGAAAUUAUGCUUUUUAAAGCAGUACUAAAGCAGGGGUACCAUGAACAGCUUUUAAGGAGAUAUGCAAGACAGAAUUAUGUGCCCCCUCCAUGCUAAUGUUUUUUCCCCCCAAAUAUGGCGACGACAUUCACUCAUUAGUUUGCCUAAUAUGCCAGAAAUGGCUCAGUUAAUGUUUCUUUUCUUGUCACAUUCAAUUACGAAUUUCAUGAAUCAUGUAAAUUAUAUAUUUUAAAUUCAAAGUGACAAAAGGUGAAAAAAAAAAAAGUUGAGUAAUUUGUAUCAUUUGAUUACUGUUGGUCAUUUAACAUUUCUAUCGUAAAACAGUUGUCAGAUGUUAAAUGCUUAAUUGUAUCUUAUAUCUCACACUCUUUCACCCUUAAAAAUUAAGCAUCUUGCUGGAAUGAAUGGUCAGGUUUUGAGAACAGUAAAACCCUCCUUCUGUGUAGCAGAGAAGCAUCAAGAAUAUCAAAUAUUGUGGACGUGUCCUCCUCAAUAUUGAUAUUGUGUUAAUACAAACAGCAUACAUGCGUCACAGAACAAAAUCAUUCAUUGUUUUUUUUUAAUUCAAAAGUGAUUUCUCUCUCCAUUUAAUCAUACUUAACAAUUGUCCUUCCUAUUUUUUUUUUUUUGAAUAUUACAUUUCAAAAGGCACUAAAAAAUAUCAAUGUGGCUGAUCAUCGCAACAUGCUUCUAAACAGAGAAAUGGAAUAAUUUAUCAUUGCAGUCUUAUUGUUACUAGGGCUGUACUAGAAUAAUCGAAUAUUCGAAUAUUCAUUCGGUGGGGUGGCAUUCGAUUUUCAGUUUUGAGAUUCGAAUAUUCUUUUUUUUUUUUUCAACACGUGACUUCCGUCGCGGACUCAUUCUCACUCAUGCUUGAACCGCCCGUUGGCGAACGUAGUGAUUUAUUUCAUCUCAUACUGAAUAGGUACAAAAUGCCCAAGACCUCAGCUGUUUGGGAGCACUUUAAAUUAAGUGAGGAUGACAAGACAAAGGCAGUGUGUCAAAUAUGCGAUUUGAAACUGGCCUACCACAACAGCACCACAAGUUUGAAAAAUCACCUGAGUUCUGUAAGUAGCACGCAACAACAAAAAAAAAAAACUGCUUUUAUGCGCUUAAUUUGCUAUGAUAAAUAGGCUAAUUGCAAAUACGACACUAUUUAAAAACAUACAGCAGCACAGGCUAAUAAUAAUUUGUUUAUAGGUACAUCCACAGGUAUCGCAGCCAUCAACAUGCUCAACAAAACCCAAAACUUCACAGCAGAUCCUGCAAUUCCGAAAACCGUUAACAGAGAAAAGAAAGAGAGAGAUAACAGAUGCCAUAGUGGAGUUUGUCGCUAUGGAUAUGAGGCCCGUUAAUGUAGUUGAAGGCGAAGGCUUCAGAAAAUUAAUGAAGAUAAUGGAGCCAGACUACACUGUCCCAAACCGUUCCAGUAUUUCAAACACCCUGUCUCUUAAAUACAGCGAUCUGCGAGGCCAAAUUUAUGCUCUCGUUGAAAAAGCUACGGCCUCAGGAGUGGGAACUCUCUGCCUUCGUUUUGGAAACCAAAGCAUUUGAGUCAAGCCAUACAGGAGUCAACAUUGCACAACAGCUUGGAGACGCGGCAGAUGCAUUCGCAAUUCCAAAUUACAAGCGGAUAGCCGUUGUUCACGACAAUGCCAGCAAUAUGAAGCUGUGCACCGAGACGCUGAAUAAAGAACCGGAGAAAUGGGGAACCGUUCAAGGGGUCUGCUGCUCAGGACACACGCUGCAACUAUGCAUAAAUGAAGCUCUGAAACUGGACCGAAUCCGUCGCACAGUUUCAGCUGCCAGGAAUCUCGUAGGGCACUUCAAAAAAGUGCCAAGGCUACAGCUGCUUUGAAAGAGAAACAAACGCAGCAGAACGUUGUACAACACAAACUCAUUCAAGAUGUUGCUACUCGUUGGAACUCUACGUAUGAAAUGCUUAACCGACUGGUGGAGCAGCGAUGGCCAGUGACAGCUGUUUUGUCAGAUCCCAGCAUCACUAAGAAAGGAAAUCGCACCCUUGACUUGACAGGAGACCAGUGGAAACUGGCACAAGAGACAUCAGAAUUACUUGGGCCCCUGCUCACACUCACAGAACUACUAUCACAGGAGGCAAACUUGUCGUUGUCAGCAACAGUGCCAAUGCUCUUUAACCUGAAGAAACGCCACCUGUCACCAGAAGAGGAUGACAGCCCUGCCAUCAGAGAAAUGAAGAAUACCCUUGUCAAGGAGAUCGACAGCAGAUGGGAACUGUUAAAUUUGGAACCCACCAGCAUCUAUCUCCUUUCUUCAGCACUAGACGUGAGAUUUAAGCACCUUAAAUUCCUUGAGGAUGAGGAGGAGGACCUGGUAUACAUUGAGGUUGUCAGACUAGCUGAACAUCUGCAUCAGCAACAGAUCGUUCGCAAGGGAGAAGAGCUGUCAGCAAGCCACGGAGAAGAGGAGACGGAUGCGCCACCACCACCCGCCAAAAAAAAACAGCAGGAGAUUUCAAUGCUGAUGCAGGCUGAUGACGAAGAGGAAGAAGAACGCGGAGACAGCGCAAAGACAGAGAUGGAGCAGUAUUUGAGAGAUGCUUCUAAAUUACAGUCGGGCCCACUGGCAUGGUGGAAGCAAAACAGUGACCGCUACCCUAAACUGGCAUUUGCAGCCAAACACCUUCUUUGCGUUCCGGCCACUUCAACUCCAUCAGAGCGCAUUUUCUCAAAAGCUGGCUACAUCGUCAACAAGACCCGAAGUUCCCUUUUACCAGAAAAUGUGGACAAACUCAUCUUCCUCGCACACAACAUGAAACGAGUAUAGGUAGUUUCACAAUAGUUUCCAACCACUGGGUUGCGAUUUAUAUAGGCUAAGUGUUUGAAAGAGCCUAAAUAUUUUUGUCAUUGAAAUGUGAGCUGUCUAGCUAGGCUAACAUUGCCUUGUUCUAUUUAACCUAUUACAGUUUAUUCUAUAUAAGGGAGUGAAUAAAAUUUAUUACAAUUACUUUAAAUUUAAAUAGCCAACCCGUUACGGUGUCAGUAAUUAUUACAUUUACGAAUAAUAAAUGAAUGUAGUUCAACGAACUGCAGGCUAAUAAUAAUAAAUAAAAAAAACACCGCAACAUGCUUUCAAUAAAAGCAUCGCGCAUUUUAAAGAUUUAAAUUAACAAAAAGUCAGAAUAAGACAAAAUAAAUCCCUUAUAUAGAAUAAAACUAAUUGUAAUAGAUAUUACAUUUUGUGUCAUUUUAAAAACAGUUCAUUUAUUCUUAUUCAACUGUUUAUAAGCAUGCUACCGUGUUCUUUAUUUAUUACAGUUCGUUGAAAUCACUGUGUGUUACUAAUUUAAUUUCUGUUUUGGGAUUCAUUUGUUUUAAAGAAAUGUUCAUUAUUAAUACCUUAUUAAAGUUCUUGCUCUCAACAGACUUUGUGUUUUGUAUCACUUGUGCACUGUCCGUUUUCGGAGCAUAAACCUGCCCGUGUAAUGCGUACCGGAAACUGUUCUAUUUAAAAGAUUAUUAAAUGUUUAUUAAUAUUUAAAGAAUGUGUGCCACCUGAUCAUAUUGCAACACUGCACUCCACUGGGUCUGCCGCAACACAUUUACGAUGCCGAAGAGUGAAACGUGAAGUUGUGAAAGAUGAUACAAAUGCAAACCGACACUAUUAUUAUAUAUUUAGCCCCACCCACCGAAGCUUCGAAUAUUCGAUAUUGAUUGCCCACUAGGCUUCGAAGCUCAAAAAAUGGCAUUCGAAACAGCCCUAAUUGUUACAUGCAGUCUAGUUUAAGUUUUCAUUUUCUUGGACUUUUAAUUAAUAUCUGUGUUUCCUGUGUUUCUCUUUUGUUUCCAUGCUUACUUAUUGAUUGAUUGAUUGAUUUUUGCCCCACCUGUCUCUUGUUUCCUCCCUUAGUUAACCAGUGUAUUUAUAUAGCCCUCAGUCGGUGUUCUCAGUUGUCCGUUCUCAUCUGUGUAUAGUGGUUGUUCUACUCCUGUGUGUUUGUUGUUUUGAUUUAUUGUUAAAGUAUACUGCUGCAUUUAGAUCCAGCCUCAAUUCUAUCCUUGCUGGAAACAACACUGUGAUACUUAUAUAUAAACUAUCUAAGCUAUACAAACCUCAUUCUUCACAUGGGAGGGCAAAAUAAUAAAAUAACAGUAGCUCCCCCAUUAAUAUUGCUACUCUUUCAUUGUCUGUUACUGGAAUCGUCAUGACAAAUAGUCGGUUUAUUCUGAUUUUGAAAUAACCAAUUUGUAAGGUCAUUUUUCAUCCUUUUCACCUCUUUAUCGCUACUGUACUUUUUUUAAAAAAAAAUUUUUAAUAAUUUUUGCUUUAGAGCAAGUCUCUCUUUCCAUCCAUUUUUGAAGUGACAGGAGAACAGGUUCACUUUCAGUAAUCAUUUUCAAUAAUUUCAUAAAAAUUAUUAUAAAAAAAGUAUAUUAUAUUCAAAGUAUGUCCAAUGUUUUAAAUGAAAGAUUUCUCACUAGCAAUAAUGUCUUCUUUUCAUCAGGGCUUGUGAAGUUUACUUUCACAAGAAUGGUUUUCUUUACCCUCAGAGAUUUUUUUCCCUCAGUAAGAAUACCAAGUAUUAAUUAGUAAGAUUAGAAUAACAUAAAUUAUUAAGAAUAAAAUAAUAAUAAUAAUUAUUAUUAUUUUAUUAUUGUUUUGUGGUUGAAAUGGAGUAUUUUCUAUUUUUAUGUUCAGUGACACUUCAAUUUGGACAACCAUUAAAGAACUAGCAAAACAUAGGUAGUAAACCUCCAAGUAUUGUCUCAAGUAAGAGUCUCACAAUGAAAGUUUUGGCCCUUUUCUUAUUUUGUGUUUUAAAAGCUGAACUUGAGAACCACUGUCUGAGAGGCUUAGACCUUUUAAAGAUAAAAAAAAACUUUGUAUGUCUUUAGAUUGAAAUGAAUUCUCAUUACAAUUCAGAUGCGUUAUUGAGUACAGUGCUUGGAUGGUGUCAUGUAAUGACAUUUGAUGAAUUUUUGUUGUUUAUG